AUGGCGUCUGCAUACAAAUCGGCGAUGCGGUCAGGAGACGCUUCCGACUCUGAUGAAAGUGGUCCAGUCGCAUCCGCUGGGAGCGGCUCAUCCUCCAGCGGAGAGGAGGAACCUACCCAGAGCCAGAAAAAGAACAGUGAUCUCUCUCAACUGCCACCUGAGAUUCGAAAUCGAGUGCUGAUGCUCACUUCUCGUGGAGUCUCAUACAGGCACCGACACCUUCUAAACGACCUCCACGUUCUGCUUCCUCACACAUAUAAAGACACGAAGCUCGAUACAAAAUCUUCUAACAACUACAACUCUGCCCUUAAUGGUCUUGCUGACCUCCAUUCUUGCAAUUACGUCUUCUUCCUGGAAGCACGGAAACAUGGUCAGGACCUGUACCUGUGGCUCGCACGUGCACCCAACGGACCAACGGUCAAAUUCAGCGUGACCAAUGUGCACACAAUGGCUGAGCUAGGGUUUGGCGGAAAUUGCUUAAAAGGUGGGAGAGGUAUCGUUGUCUUCGACAAGAGUUUCGACGAAGAGAUUCCGGGCCUUGAAUAUCGCUCCCUGCUACGAGAGAUGUUUCGCGGGGUAUUUUGUGUUCCGCCGAAGGGCAUACGCGGCAUGAAGCCAUUCAUUGACCGCGUCAUUGGUAUUUACGGGCUUGAUGGAAAGAUAUGGAUUCGCGUGUAUGAGAUCCGUGAGUCGGCACCGGAUAAGACCGACAAGGAGCGUGUCAAAGGAGACGACGUGUCGCUGGUUGAGAUCGGGCCUCGUUUGGUCCUCACACCGGUCGUCAUUCAAGAAGGCAGCUUCGGGGGUCCGGUCAUAUUCGAAAACAAACAAUUCGUCAGCCCCAAUGCUCUCCGAGCUGAGACGAGGAUGCGCAGGGCCAAUAAAUAUGCAAGUCGAAGAGGUGGUGCUGAAGAGUUGGCGGCUAAACGGAAAACUUUGAACUUGAACACGGGAGCGAAGAGAAAGAGAUCCGCACUCGACAAUGCGAAGCUGUUUGGAUGA